CUCGGGGAGAAGCGAGUUGAACAUAGGCUUACGCUUCCGUGACGUAGAUCGCUUGUAUUGAAUUGAAAAAAAAAAUCUAAACUGCGGAAUCGCUUGCUGCUGACCACCAGCCAGCCAGCAAAUUAAUGAAAAAUAGCUAACAAUGAACGUCUUGGUCACGUGCUUGUUUUUCGCCGGUCUGUCCUACCUGUAUAGCACCGAUCUAAUAUCUGUGCUCCGUGUUUAUGUUGCAGAGUGGGUCCUCGGCGCCUCCAUGCCCGAACCAGGAGCUCCGCGGCGGACUCCGCAAGGUGUCCCCUACGCCGACUUGCAGCACAUCGUCAACGCCGACGGACAGCACUUGUUCUGCCGCUACUGGGAGCCAGAGGGCCCCCCAAGGGCUCUGGUGUUCGUGGCCCAUGGGGCAGGGGAGCAUUGUGGGCCGUAUGAUGAGAUCGGCCAGACCCUGAAGGAACAGUCUCUGCUUGUCUUUGCACACGACCAUGUUGGCCAUGGCCAGAGUGAAGGAGACAGGAUGAAUAUUAAGGACUUCCAGGUGUUUGUCAGAGACUCCCUCCAGCACAUUGAUCUGAUGAAGGGACGACACCCUGACCUGCCAAUCUUCAUCAUUGGACAUUCUAUGGGUGGAGCCAUUUCCAUUCUGACGGCGUGUGAACGACCUAAUGACUUUGCCGGUGUGGCUCUGAUUGCUCCUAUGGUCAAGAUGAAUCCAGAAUCUGCCACACCCUUCAAGGUGUUCCUGGCUAAAGUCCUAAAUCACAUGGUACCUAGUCUCUCUCUGGGCUCUAUUGAGUCUAAAUGGGUUUCACGGGACCAAAAACAGGUUGAGGCGUAUGACAAUGAUGAGUUGAACUAUCACGGUGGGCUGCGUGUGUCAUUUGGCAUGCAGCUGAUGGGCGCGGUGGCGCGGAUCGAGAGAGAGGUCCCUGCCAUCACCUGGCCCUUCCUGCUUCUCCAUGGUGACGACGACAAGUUGUGUGACAUUAGAGGGUCCCAGAUGAUGUUUGACAUGGCCCAGAGCACGGACAAGAAGAUUAAGGUGUACGACGGAGCAUACCACGCCCUGCACCAUGAACUCCCAGAGACGGUGGCAGCGGUGCUGAAGGAAGUCACUGGCUGGAUCUCUGAGCGUCUCACUGGGUCUCCUUCUCAGGGCUCCUAGUCCCCUCCUCCUCUUCACCCCCCAACCCACUGUAUGACCUAAAUACAUUUGUACUGACAGCAUAUACUCUACUGCUAGCCGACCAGUAGCGAUCAUUUUCAGUACAAAUGUAGUUAACUGCACCUUACCCCAACCCCAGCCCUGUGCACGUCAGUCAGACUUAAAACCUCUUGGUCCUCUGGGGAGAAGUGGGGGGUGACAGGUCAGGAGGCCCACAGGAGGUUUCCUUAAGGUCAACUUGUCAGUGACCUUUGACCCUCAUGGCCAAUGUAGGUCCUGAUUUUCUAGGCUCUUCAUUAGGGACAACAGUUGUGCCCCAGCUGCCAGGCAGCAUUUCAUAGUACAUAUAUCAGCCAUGUCUCCCUGUACUGAGUUCAAAGAGAACAAUGCUGAGAGCUAGGCCAGGCGCAAUUCACAGAGGGAUUUUUUUCCUCCUUUUGUAAUCACAGUGUUCAAUAGGCCAACAGAAACAUAUUGAAUUUGCCCAGGCUGAGGGUGUUCCCUUUUGUGUGUUGCCAUGGAGACAACUGGCCUUUGUUAUCCCCACCGUAUCUCAGAUCCUUUGUUCAUAGAGUCAAACAUUUUGGACUUGUUUGAACACCCAGCUCCCCAGAUUGCCGCCACUAGUGGUCAUCUAUCAGAACUGCAGGGUAUAGGUGGCUGCAACCCAAGAUGGAGAAGUUGCCUGUUACUAUGGCAACACCUCAGGAAAAACCCUAUGGGGGAAAAAAGGCUGAAUCCAUUAGAGCACCACAGUAAGGUGAGGCAUGCUGUGAAUCAUUAUACAGUACAUGCUGUGAAUCAUUAUACAGUACAUGCUGUGAAUCAUUAUACAGUACAUGCUGUGAAUCAUUAUACAGUACAUGCUGUGAACAGAAAAAGGCGUCACUUCGCUGCAGUUCUUAUAUUGAAAAAGAUGACGGUCUCAAUUCAUCACCUACAACCUCACCAUUUAUCUGUGUUUCUCCAUGCUAACGACUAAUACAGAUUUUAAUGUAUAAUAUGAAAUAUCCAUGUUACCGAUAUUCCUCUUUUUAAAUGUUGUUUUGUAAGGGGAAGACUGGUGAAUCUAAUUGUCUGAUGCGUUGAGCAUUUAAUAAAGUGAAAUUCUAGACAUUUAGACAUUUGUCAAUAGACCAUUGUUAGUAACUCAACCAAGGGGCCAGGGUUUCUGUCUAGAAGCACGGUUUUGACUGCUCCGGCAGUCUUGCUUUGGUACUGCAGUUUAACUGAUACCCGGCCCAGAAAUACAAUUUCCUUAGUUGGCCAUAUAGAAUACCACAGUAUGAGUCAUAAUAGCCAUAAAACCUAGCGGUCAAGCAAGGAACUGGUUCCAAUCAUUUUUCCACCAUAAAUGUUCCCCCCGGACAUGAUGUUUUAAUAACCGUGUAAAUCUCUCUCGGACAAGGUGACUUUUAUCUAUAUAUAUUCUCCUGUAUUUACCCCCCAAAAAUCAAAUGCUAAUUAGCUGCUAAUGUGGGUAUCAUUAACUACUACAAAUGCCAUGAUGAUCUGGACGAGACAGCUGAAUCGAGGCAAAGGUAAGAAUCUGGAUUAACUAUCUAAGGUGUCAGCUAGAGAUGACGUGCAGGAGCUUGCAGAGAUUUGUAGUUUUGCAUGAUGUCUACUUUGAUGCCAAAUAGCAUUUUUGAAUCAGAGUAAUAAAGCCGAACAUAUUGAUAAAAGUCACCUUGUCCUAGUGAGAUUUACAUGGUUAUCAAAACGCCACACCAGGGUAAGCCUACACAAAACACAACCCUUAUUUAAAGUGUUUCUAAAAUCACCUAUGGGAAAUAUGAAUGAUGGAGAAAUUAUUGGAACCAUUUUCCUGUUUGACCACUAGGUUUUAUGGUUAUGACACCUCUACUGUGGGGCUCUAUAGAGAAGUCAGAUUACAAAAUUCCUAAUAAAAGACACUUUAGUCAUUUGUCAAUUGUUGCUGAGGCCAUUUUUUUUCUUCAUCAUUCACAGCCGAAGAAAUUCAGAUGUUAUAUUCAUCCAAUGUCUGCUAUGUGCAUGUGAAGUUGUGCUGUGUAAACCGGGUAGAUUACAUUGAACACAACAGUCGGACAUCUUGGACAAAGUAAAUCAGCAUUGUGUGUGUGUGUGUGUGUGUGUGUGUGUGAACUGAAUGACCAGUUUUUAAAUAACACACAUUUAAGAACAAUAUGGUGGCAUAUAUUUGAAAAGGGCAGAAUUUGUCCAAUUGUAAAUGUGUUACUCCUGAAACCAGACAUGUUCUUAUCAAUAAAUAUUGAUAAACUGUCAGAUUGCUCAUAACAAAUUGAAUAAUAUGUGAAGGACAUAAGUAUUAUUCUGUUUGCAUCUAUAUAACUACUUUUAUUGAUCUUGUCUACUCUAUUGAUAUGCAUUCUUCAUUUUUAAAGUAACGUGAUGUGGAACAUAAGGGUUUUAUACUAUAGUCAACUUACUUUUUAUUGAGCGUUCAGAACUAAUACCUGAUAACUGAAAUUGAGAAGUAAGAAUCUGAAUGGCCCUUUUUAUGAAGUGUAAUUUAUUUUACUAUGUGAUUCGUGUUGCUUUGUGCUUUAUUCCCAUAACCUGUGUGAAAAUAACUUGGGCUCCUUGGUCACUUAAAGACUGACUGAAAAUUGCUGAAGGGCUUAAACUACAUUCUCAUGUGACUCACUAGAACAGUGUUUCCCAACACCGGUCCUUUAGUACCCCCAACAGUAGGAAAGAGUGGGGUAAGUUGAGUCAUUUGUUUUCUCAGUCAAGGGAAAUAUACUGUAGCAUUCAUUCAAACAAAGAUAUCUACAUAUUUUUCAGGAUGUUAUGUGUCCUUGGAAAUAACCCGAAUUCAUGUAAACAUUAGUUUUGAAAACCUAGCUUACCUCAGGUAUGGGUUAAGUUGACCCGCAGGACAGAGUAAGUUAAAGCCACCUACACAUUUCUGUACUGAAUUAAUUAUUAGCCCUACCUUUUUAAAAACAUGUCUUUAUUUCCCAAACACAAUCACAUUUGUCUAUUAAUCAUAUUUUAACACAUGACAAACACUUUGCACUUUUCAAAAACACUUUGAGGACACGCCUGGGAAGAAAACGCUUCAAUUUGCUCAACUUGCCAUUGGCUCAACUUAACCCAUAGCCAUUGGCUCAACUUAACCCAUAGCCAUUGGCUAAACUUACCCCAAGGCAAACAUUUUGACUAUAUUAGCCUACACAGCUACAAGGAUGCACUUUCAUGCAAAGGUUGACCCCAACUGACGUAUAGAACAAUCGAUCAAUUAAUUUGACUUGGUGAAAAUCAGUUUUCUGGACCGAACUUGCUUACUACUGUUUCCAUGUGGUUUCUUUCUUCCCAGACUACAUGCAAUUAGGAUCUCUUUCUAAAUAUUUGGUCCAUUCUGUGUAUGGUUUCCUAGAAACAAGGGCGGCUCAAUUUACCCAACUCUCCCCAUAUCAUUUUGUUGUGGGCCUGGACAAGCACACCUGAUUCUACUUGUCAACUAAUCAUCAAGCCCUCAUUGAGCUGAAUGAGGUGUGUUUGUUCAGGGCUACAACUAAAAUGUGUGCUGUUGGGGUACUGGAGGACCAGAGUUGGGAAACACUGCACUAGAAUCAGCCAUGCCAAACAGCAGUCAGUCUCUAGAGACAGGGGCUUGAGCCAAUCCAACAGUUAUUGCUGAAUCACGUCAUACAGUAGGACAGGUAUCAUCAACUAGAUUCAGCCGCCAGCUGAUUUUUUUUCUCUUCUUGAGGAGGAUGAUCAGGGGGCCGGAAAAUAAUUGCAAAUCAUUUGUAGACUGCAAAUUGACAGCAAGAAACCCAAACAUAACAUUUCACUAAAACAUAAUAUUUUCAAACCUUGCUUACAUUUGUAAAUUAUCAGAUAUAUCUCUCUAUUAUGUGUGGGAAUACUUGGAACAGAUUUGCUCGUGUUUUCACUGUUUAAAAAAAAAAAAGUCUAACAAUUCAACUUGUAUUUUCUGCGCAGAAAACUAGAGGGGGGGGUGGGGGGCAAAUAAAAUCAGACUGGAGACAAAUUUGGCCAGUAGGGGCUCCAUUCAAUCUGUAUCAUUAAAAUUAAAAUUUAAAGACAACGUUCCCAUGUUAGCUGACAUGGCAUUCACGGUAAAAGCUGCAGAUGUCUGAACAAUCAGAAACGUUUACAUUUUUAUCGUGCAACUGUAACGCUUCAGCACUACAGAUUGAAUAGAGCCCUAGGUGUUCUCUGGGUCUAAUAGAUACAUACUUUCAAAUAGUUGAGCUGCACUUGAUUUGGCAUGCCCAGUACAAUGGAACCAAUGAAAUAGUCCCAAAAGUGCAAAGCACAUCAAAUACAGUAUUUGACCUAGGUCUGGUGCUAUGAUGGUUUUGGUUACAUACAAAAUGUUGAUGAGAGCCUGAUGGAAGAUGUUGGAACAAUGUUUAAUGAUCUGUCGUUUGUAUUCCUCAAACGGAACAUUUUUGUAACACAAACUGCUGUAACAUAUGAUGUUUUGAAAUGACUUGUGACCACUGAGAAACAAGAAACUUACUAAAUAAGCUAUAACGUAUUCAAACAAUGUUACCAAUAAACCUUGACUGUUGAACUAA